GUGUGGAGAGAGAGGGUAGGAACGGAGUCUUCAGUAAAGAGAUUCUUCAGAACAGGACGAAGGCAGCUGGCCGUUCCUCUUCCUCUUCUUCAUCCUCUUCCAUCUUGCCUGGAGCCGCCCCUCCUCUCCUGUCCCACAGCAGGUCUAUACAUGGUCAUGGAGUAGGAUCUUCUCCUCGUCACAAAUCAAGCGGAGACGGCCCUGGGCGAGCGUGCACUGCCAGGAGCAGAAGAGAGCGAGAAGACCAAGGACCAUGGUGGAGGGACAGAGGCUUGGAGUAGAGAGAGAGAGACAUUAAAAGCAGAACAAGACGACCUAGAAGCAGCAAAAUAGCAGGCAGGAGGAGCGAAAGAGAGACAUCCAUAGUCUACAGAGAGAGAGAGAUAGAGGGAGAGAGACAUCCGUAGUCUACAAAGAGAGCGAGAGAUAUUAGAGGGAGAGAGAGAGAGACAUCACUGUCUACAGAUAGAGGGAGAGAGUGAGGGGCAGUAGGGUCGCUAUGUCUAUCUUCCUACUUCAUGGACCAUCAUCCCGUUUGUAUACGAUUUCAGAAAGCUGACGUGUUUGCCUCAAAGAACGAGAGAGUGAGAGGGAAAGAGAGAUUCAUAGAGAGAAAACGAGAGAGAGACAUCCAUUGCCUUCAGGAAGAGGGAGAGAAUUCACGUUUAGCAUUUGAGAUCCGUGAGGAAGAUGAUGUGUGUUCUUCUGGUCGUCCGUGAUUGGACAGAUCAUCCAUGGUUCUUGUACAUGUGAGGUCAUGUAUGAUGACAUGUGUACGAUGCACACCAGGGUCGCUAGGGAAACCAGGGUUACAUAGCAGGUCUAGCUACCAGGUGGAACCCGCUCCGAUUACUACCUUAGUAAUCUAAGGUUGUAUGAGUAGUUAUAGUUAGUCACUCCGUAGUUAGAUCUUUAGUUACUGCAUUAGUUAGUUGUCCUAGUUAAUUAUAGUUUGCUCUAGUUAGUUGUUGGUUGUAGUUGGUCUCCUUGGAUUAGAGCUGGUUAGUCUACUGAGCUGAGAUGAUAGGGACAUUAGAUCUUCUACACUACAUGUGGUCCACAGAAGGUCUCCUAACACUCUAGCAGACAGACAGACAGACAGACAGACGGACAGACGGACAGACAGACAGCGCUCUCCUUCACCAUGAGGUCCAACCCCUGUGCUCCCUGGAGCAGCGCAGCACUCGAGGUUCAGCAGUAAAGAGCUGCUGGAGAGGACCCUCCACCCGAAGACGCCUCUCGCCCGGCCUCAGCUCUCCAGUCCGGCAGGCCCCACGUCUGAUCCAAGAUGGCGGCCGGCGUGGCGACGUGGCUGCCCUUUGCCCGGGCGGCGGCCGUGGGCUGGCUGCCGCUGGCCAGAAAGACCAUGCCCAGGCCCCCUGUGGACAAGUCCUCCCGCUCGGACGAGAUCCUGUUCGUCAACGUCAGCGGCCAGAGGUUCCAGACAUGGAAGAACACUCUGGACCGCUACCCAGAUACCCUGCUGGGCUCCUCGGAGAAGGAGUUCUUCUUCAACGAGGACACCCAGGAGUACUUCUUCGACCGAGACCCAGAGAUGUUCCGACACAUCCUCAACUUCUACCGCACCGGUAAGCUGCACUACCCGCGCCACGAGUGUGUGCAGGCCUUCGACGAGGAGCUGGCCUUCUAUGGGAUAGUCCCUGAGAUCAUCGGAGACUGCUGCAUGGAGGAAUACCGUGACAGGAAGAAGGAGAACCAGGAGCGGCUGGCGGAGGACACGGAGGCGGGCGAGGCCACGGACACGCCGCUGCCCGACAGCGCCACGUCCAGGGAGCGUCUGUGGAGGGCCUUCGAGAACCCGCACACCUCCACCAUGGCCCUGGUGUUCUACUACGUCACCGGCUUCUUCAUCGCCGUGUCGGUCAUCGCCAACGUGGUGGAGACGGUGCCCUGCCGGCCUCUCAAGGGCACGGUGAAGGAUCUGCCCUGCGGGGAGAAGUUCUCCCUGGCCUUCUUCUGCAUGGACACGGCCUGCGUCCUCAUCUUCACCUUCGAGUACCUCAUGCGUCUGUUCGCCGCGCCCUGCCGCUGUAAGUUCGCCCGCUCGGUCAUGUCGGUGAUCGACGUGGUGGCCAUCAUGCCCUACUACAUCGGCCUGGUGAUGCCCGAGAACGAGGACGUGAGCGGCGCCUUCGUCACGCUGCGCGUCUUCAGGGUCUUCCGCAUCUUCAAGUUCUCCCGCCACUCGCAGGGCCUGCGGAUCCUGGGCUACACGCUGAAGAGCUGCGCCUCCGAGCUGGGCUUCCUGCUCUUCUCCCUCACCAUGGCCAUCAUCAUCUUCGCCACCGUCAUGUUCUACGCCGAGAAGGGAACCAAGGGCUCCAGCUUCACCUCCAUCCCAGCAUCCUUCUGGUACACCAUCGUCACCAUGACUACACUGGGCUACGGGGACAUGGUUCCCAACACCAUCGCUGGGAAGAUCUUCGGCUCCAUCUGCUCUCUGAGCGGAGUGCUGGUGAUCGCUCUGCCUGUCCCCGUCAUCGUGUCCAACUUCAGCCGCAUUUACCACCAGAACCAGAGGGCAGACAAGAUGAGGGCCCAGCAGAAAGUGCGCAUGGCUAGGAUCCGGAUGGCCAAGAAAGGAACGGCCAACGCCUUCCUGCAGUUCAAAGAGGACGGGGGACUGGGGGAUCCAGACAGCAACAGCAGCGCUCUGUGUCUAAAGAACAGAUCAGCCUUCGAAAACCAACACCACCACCUACUGCACUGUCUGGAGAAGACCACUAACCACGAGUUCACGGAUGAGAUGGCGUACAGCGAGAUGUGUCUGACGGAGUCGGUGGGCUACCGCACCAGCCGCAGCACCUCCCUGUCCAGCCAGCAGGGGGCGCUGAACAACGGCUGCUGCCCCCGCAGAGCCCGGCGCAGAGCUGCCAUGCGAUUGGCCAACUCCACCGUGUCGGUCAGCCGGGGGAGUGUCCAGGAACUGGACACAUUUCCUGUCAAGUCAACCAACCUACCGCAACAAACUCGCUCCAGUCUGAACGCCCGGGCGGUGGACAUCAAGUUGAACUGCAGCGAUCGAGACUACACGGCGGCCAUCAUCAGCAUCCCCACGCCCCCCUCCAACACGCCGGACGAGAGCCCGCCCUCCUCCCCCGCCAUCCCGGGCAUCCUGCGCAACACGCGGGCCACCGCCUACCUGCAGGACGCCGUCAAGAUCUCCUCCUUAUAG